UGUUCAAUUGGUUCGGAAGCUACCGGAGAAGCAAAAUGUGUCCGCUCAGGGUGAUACUCAUCUUCCUCUCCGCCACCGUCGCCGGGUUCUUCCUCCUCCGGGGCCUAAACGCCGAGCCCGACUUCUUCCAAGACGCCGACGAGGGCUCCGAAUCUCCCAGGGCCGCCGUUCCCCUCCAUUCCAAGGUUGGUUCGGCUGUGAAAGCCGGCUUCUGGACGACCGUGGACAUGGCGAGCGGGCGGUACCUCUGGCGGACACUCGUGGCGCCCGCGAAAUCUGAGUCCGACCAGGCUCGGUGACAGCAAAACUUCCUGUUAUGUGUUUGACAUUUGAGUCGGGGAACUGAACUGGAAUGAUGUAUGAUACGGCGCCGAUUGUAAAUACGAUAUGUUCAACUCAAUGUGCAGAUUCUCAUGCUUGA